AUGGCUAUUGCAUUAUUUUUCUAUGAUGUAUGUAUGCCUAUGAACGCAGCUAAUUCUAGGUUCUAUCAGCCUAUGAUCAGCAAAAUUGGAAGCAUGGGACAUGGUUAUGUAGGGCCUUCUUAUCAUGCUUUAAGGGUUGGUUUACUACGUGAUGCUAAGUUGCAAGUUUCUUUGAUUGUCGACUCUUUUAGGAGUACAUGGGCUGAUACUGGUUGUACUUUGAUGGGUGAUGGGUGGAAAGAUACUAGGCAAAGGCCACUGAUUAAUUUUUUGGUCUACUGUCCUAAGGGGAUAACUUUUAUCAAGUCAGUUGAUGCUUCAGGAAUAUAUACAAAUGCAGAGAAUUUGUGCAACCUAUUUGCUGAGGUUGUGGAGAUGAUUGGCCCCCAAAAUGUGGUCCACAUGGUGACAGAUAGUGCACCUAACUACAAAGCUGCUGGUGGUAGACUUGUAGAAAGAUAUCCUACCAUAUACUGGUCACCGUGUGCUGCUCACUGCAUUAACUUGAUAUUAGAAGACGUGGGAAAGCUGUCUCAUGUGGAUAAAUUAACCAGCAAUGCAUCAAAGAUCACUGUGUUUGUGUAUAACCAUAAGCAUAUUUUGAACUGGUUGAGAAACAGGCCUGGUUGGAGAGAGAUAAUCCGCCCUGGGGAAACUCGGUUUGCUACAAGUUUCAUAGCUUUACAAAGUUUACAUGCCCAUAAGGAUGAUUUGCAGAGUAUGGUUGUUGAUGAGGAGUUCAGAAAGAUCUCAAGAUCUGAGAAAGCAAAACGUGUGAAACAGCUUAUCUUUGAUGAAGACUUUUGGAAGGAGUGCUUUAUGAUUGUUCAGAUUAUGACUCCGUUGAUCCGUUUGUUGCGUAUUUGUGAUGCUGAUGAGAAGCCAUCUUUGCCUUAUGUAUAUGAAGGGAUGUAUAGGGCACGGCUAGGCAUCAAAAACAUAUUCAAGAAAGAAAAAAAUCUUUAUAGGUCUUAUACGAGGAUCAUUGAUAAUAGGUGGGAUAGGAUGUUGCGUAGUGAUAUCUAUGCUGCAGCUUAUUUUUUGAAUCCAGCCUUCUUGUAUGACAAACAGAAUUUUUGCGAUAAAGCUGAGAUUACAAGAGGAAUGCUAAAUCUGAUUGACAAGCAGAAGGGUAGUCUAAGUGAAACAAAGCUGGUAUCAACCCUUCGUUGCUAUAGAGAUCGAGAACUUAGUUUCUCUAGAGAAAUGGCACUUACUUGUAGCAAAACUACUCGACCUGAUGAAUGGUGGAAACUCUUUGGUUGUGAUAUUCCUGAUUUGCAAAAGCUUGCAAUCCGAAUCCUUAGUCAAACAGCUUCUUCAUCUGGAUGUGAGCGAAAUUGGAGUGUCUUUGAACGCAUUCAUACCAAGAAAAGAAACAAGCUAGAGCAUCAAAGACUCAAUGAUCUUGUAUAUGUUCACUACAACUUGCGUUUACAAAACAGGUAUGGGACAAAAAGAUCAUAUGAUCCCGUUGAUUAUGAGUCAAUUGAUAAGACUGAGUUUUGGAUUGUGGAAGAAGAAGGAGAAGGAGAACUUGAUUUUUCUGAAUUAGAAGAAAAACUUCUUGAAGAAUAUCCUAAAGAUGGUGAAGAACUCAUUCAUGGUGGUGAAGAUUUAGAGUGA